AGUUUUGACACAAUAGGAAAAUAAAAAAAAACAACUAAUUCCGUUACCGCAAAGCCUGAAAGAAGUCGCGAUUUCGACGAAAAGCAAAAGAUCCUUCUCAAAUAAAUCAAAUUAAAAGAAAACAAACAUUAAUAAUUCAUUAAUUUAUAAGAAUUUAUAACCAUCCAACCGCUCAUAAAAUAAAAGAAGUGAGAAAAUGUCUGAUUGGGCUAAAAAAGCGGAGGAUCAAGAAAUCUCUAAUUUGGUCGACAAAUUAGACAUAAAAAAGAAAGAUGUUGAUCCAGUUCCAGAGGAAACUAAAACCGCUCAACCAGCUCCUCAAGAAGAGCAAGCCGACAUUGUAAGCCCCGCUGAAGCGAGUUUACUUUUGAAAAUCAUACGAAAGGGAUUAGUGGAGUCUAAGUUAGACUUGGAAGUUCAGCGAAAAGAUCCAACAUCGCCAUUGCAUUCUGUUAAGACGUUCGAAGCCUUGCAUUUAAAACCGGAGUUACUUAAAGGUAUCUAUGCUAUGGGUUUCAAUGCGCCAUCAAAAAUACAAGAAACAGCUCUGCCGACACUGCUCGCCGAUCCCCCGCAAAACAUGAUUGCUCAAAGUCAGUCAGGAACAGGAAAAACGGCUGCUUUCGUUUUAGCAAUGUUAAGCCGAGUUGAUACAAAACUCGAAUAUCCCCAGGUUCUUUGUUUAUCGCCUACAUAUGAGCUUGCAAUACAAACUGGUGAAGUAGCCGCUCGAAUGGCACAAUAUUGUCCGGAAAUCAAAUUAAAGUUCGCAGUUAGAGGAGAAGAAGUUCCUCAUAAUACAAAGCUAAAUGACCACAUAAUUAUUGGAACUCCUGGAAAAAUUCUCGAUUGGGGAAUUAAAUAUAAAUUUUUCGAUUUGAAAAAAAUACGUGUUUUCGUUUUGGAUGAGGCUGAUGUUAUGAUUGCCACCCAGGGUCAUCAUGAUCAAUGUAUUCGGAUUCAUAAGCAGUUAUCUCCAAAAUGUCAAAUGCUUUUCUUUUCGGCAACAUACGAAAAAGAUGUAAUGGAUUUCGCGCAGCAUAUUGUAAAGGAUCCAACUAUUAUACGAUUAUUAAGAGAGCAAGAGUCUUUGGACAACAUCAAACAAUACUACGUGAAAUGUAAAAACGAAGACGAAAAAUAUCAAGCUAUUCAAAACAUUUAUGGUGGCAUAACUAUUGGCCAAGCUAUAAUAUUUUGCCACACGAGAAAAGCAGCUGGUUGGCUCGCUGGUAAAAUGUCACAAGAUGGUCACUCUGUUGCAGUUCUUUCUGGAGAUCUAACUGUCGAACAACGAUUAGCUGUUCUCGAUAGAUUCAGAGCUGGCUUAGAGAAAGUUCUUAUCACAACAAAUGUGCUGUCAAGAGGUAUUGAUGUCGAGCAAGUGACAAUUGUUGUCAAUUUCGAUUUACCAAUGGACAUCAAGGGCAACGCAGACUGUGAGACUUAUCUACAUCGUAUUGGAAGAACAGGUCGCUUUGGCAAAAAUGGAAUUGCUAUCAACCUUAUAGAUAGUGACAAAGCAAUGGCCAAUUGUCGCACUAUUGAAGCACAUUUCCAAAAGAAAAUAGAGUUCCUUAAUGCAGAGAAUUCUGAUGAAAUCGAGAAGAUUGCUACUUAAGCGUUUCCAUAUAAUUUAUAUAUAAAUAUAAUUGACUUGUAAAAUUUAUUUGCGGAAUUCAUUUAUAUUUUUAUUUUGAUUUUGUUUAUAUGUUUGAUACAUUAUCAUUAAAAGAAGUGUAUAUUUAUAUAAAGAUAAAAUAAUGAACUAAUUUCGGUUAAUAAAAUUGUUUUAGGCCAAUUAAAUUAAUCAAAAAUUAAUUAAAAUAAAUCUUUUUUUACAUUAAUGCA